GCGAGAGCUUCAAGCAUCCGGGAGAGCGUAGUAGAAUAUGGUGUGCCACUGUAGCCAUGGAUGUUAUUCGAAAGAAACAGGGAACCAAAGAAAUAGUAGCACUCAAACUAGGGGGACAAUCUCAAGUGUGCAAUAUUUCAAGUGAAGACAUUUCAAGGCUGGUAAAUUUAAGGUUCCUUGAAUUGGAUGGAGGGAACUUUGUAGGGGACUUCCAAAAUCUCCUCUUGGAGCUAAAAUGGCUCUCUUGGCAAAAUUGUCCGUCAGAGUUCCAAGCUACAAACUUUUCUCCCAACUAUCUAGUUGUCCUCAAAAUUUCAGAAUCCGAUAUUACAAAUGAUUGGGGUGGAUGGAGCCAAAUCAUGGUUAAAAGCUCUGCAUCUCGUGAGUUGUAGAAGGUUGAUCAAGACGCCUAGCUUCUCUACAUGCUCGACUUUGGAGAGACUCGUUGUGAAGGAUUGUGAUAGGUUGGUUGAAAUUGACCCAUCCAUUACUAUGCUAC